ACUUCAUGGAGAACAAAAAGUGUCUUUUUGGGGUAGACGUGCACUGGGCAAUAAACGAUCCGUCGACUCUGCAUGGUUUUCCUUUUUAUCUAUCCGCAGUACGGAUACACAGUAUAAUCUCGUACGUUUCCAAGGCCCCGUCUAUCGCCCCGCCACGGCUCAGAACUCUCCCUUUCUCCCUCUUCUCUUUGCUCUCCCUCGCGGUUAGUCAUGGCUGGGCAGCUCCAAAUCACUAAUUACGCCGAAUCAGUCAGUCGCACUUAACAAUCCCUCUCCUCCUUCCCUCGAA